AUGGAGAUUGAAAGCCUUGUGGCAAACAGUGCUCUGGUUAGAGCCAGAGAAGGUGGAGGGAGUAAAGGCAAGAGCUGGAAAUGGAGAGAGAUGCUUCGCUUCCCCCACAUUAGUCAGUGUCAAGAUCUAGCCAUGGAGAUAGAGCGAGACUACUACAGUCUGUGUGUGAAGCAGCCGAUUGGAAAGAAGCUGUUUCAGCUCUUCUGUCGCAGUCGGCCUGAUCUGCAGCCCUACAUGUCUCUGCAGGAUGCUCUGGACACUUUUGAGACAAAGUCGGAUGAGGAGAGAAAAGAUUUUGGCAUCAGCAUCAUCCAGAGAUUCCUCAUGAGGCAGUCCGGUCAGUGUGUGCCCAUUGUGUCGAAGCAUGAAGAAAGCUGCAUCCAGAGUCUGGAGGCUGACCCCUGCACUGACGUCUUUCACGCCUGCAGGGAAGACCUACAUAAACACCUCGGUGGAGAGUCCUUCAAUCAGUACCAGGACAGCAUGUUCUUUGACCGCUUUCUGCAGUGGAAGAUGUUGGAGAGGCAGCCUAUCACCAAGCAGUGCUUUAGGCAGUACAGGCUGCUGGGGAAAGGAGGGUUUGGAGAGGUGUGGGCUUGCCAGGUGCGAGCCACAGGAAUGAUGUACGCCUGCAAGAAGCUGGAGAAAACCCAUGUGAAGAAGAGGCGAGGAGAGGCCAUGGCUCUCAAUGAGAAACAGAUACUGGAAGGGCUGGACAGCCGGUUUGUGGUGAAUCUGGUGUAUGCUUAUGAGACCAAGCACGCUCUCUGUAUGGUUUUGACUAUGAUGAGUGGCGGUGACCUGAGGUUUCACAUAUAUAACAUCGGCGAGCCUGGCCUGGACAGAAAGAGAGUGCGGUUCUAUGCUGCAGAAGUCUGCUGCGGUUUAAUUCACCUCCAUAGAAUGUCAAUAUUGUACAGAGAUCUGAAACCAGAAAACAUUCUCUUGGAUGACAACGGACAUAUCCGCAUCUCUGACCUGGGUUUGGCUGUGAAGCUGUCUGAGGGGAUUCUGGUCAGAGGCAGGGUGGGAACACUGGGAUACAUGGCUCCUGAGGUGAUCAACCUUGAGCGUUACGGGAUGAGCGCAGACUGGUGGGGCCUCGGCUGUCUGAUCUACGAAAUGACUGCUGGGCAGCCUCCGUUCAGGGCCAAAGGAGAGCAUCCAAAACCCCCAGAGAUGGAGAGAAGAAUCCUGAAAGAACAGGAGGAAUAUAGUAACAAGUUUAGCCCGAAUAUGAAGGACCUCUGCUCUUUGCUGUUGAGCAAGGACCCGAAAGAGAGGCUGGGCUGCCAGGGCUCAGGUGGCAGAGAGAUUCAGUCUCACUCUUUCUUCAAGAAGAUAAACUUCCGGAUGCUGGAGGCAGGACUUGUUGAGGCUCCAUUUAAACCUGAUCCCAGACUGGUGUACUGCAGCGACGUGCAGGACAUCGAAGAGUUUUCCUCAGUGAAGGGCGUCACACUGGACCAGACAGACAGCAACUUCUACACCAAAUUCAACACAGGGAAGGUUCCCGUAAAUUGGCAAAAUGAGAUAAUAGAAACGGGCUGUUUUAGGGAGCUAAAUAUUUUUGGCCCUGUGGGAUCUCGCUCUCCAGACCUGGACUGGACCCAGGUCCCCAUAGUCCCCAAAGUCCCCAAACGCCGCCUGCUGGACCGACUUUUCCGCAGACAUCACUCUACGGAUUCAUCGGACGAAAGCAGAGAGAGCUUGGUGUCCAAUAAGAGCUACACCAGGUCAGGACUCCUCACUUCUACGCUCUGAGGACAAUCUCAGAACAGACUGCUUUAAAGACAAAAACACAGCCAUCCAGUGUAGCAGCACAGGACCUCUCGCCCUGUAAAUCAAAGCACAGCAUUUCUUUCUUUAUGUUUGUACUGUUUUCCCCCACACUCACAGUUACAUUAUAUUAGCACCAGCUUCUUCAUCCGCUCUCAGGUAAAACUGAUGUAUAAUUUUACCGUCUGUUACGCACAAAAGCAAUGCAUCAUUUUAAAAACAGAAUGUGCCAUUUUUUAUGUACUCAAAUCUUGAUGCAAAGAGGAUGGCUCUUUUAAACUGAUUUAAACAGUUGUACUGUUUUAGAUGAAACAGCUGAGCCUCAAAUAAACCAUAUUUUUUAUUGCAGUGGUUCUCAUCUAUGUUUUAUGUGGAUUUAAGUAAUUAAACAGGAAAAGCAUAAAUGACAUUAUGCUCGUUUCUUGUGACAUACUGACUACUUUACUCAGUGAGGUGUCUGAAAAACCUUCAAAUGUGACAAAACUGAUCAUAAUUCUUGUUAUGACAAAAGCCAUAACCUGUGAUAAGGAGUCGCAUGUUGGCCUUGAUUAAACUAAUCAAACAAUGAGUUGUUUAGCUGUUCAUCUGCAAAAGUUUGGAAGGAAAUGGCACAUUUUUGUUGUUACAUUGUUUCAUUCUGUUUUGUUAUUGUUGUUUUGAAAGUAAAUUAAAAAUCUUUUGGAUUAUUGGUCAAAGAAAGGAGUUUACAGACUGGUAAUGGACAUUUAUAAAUAUUUCCUGACAUUUUAUAGAAAAGA